AAAAAAAAUUUGCUUCAGAGUGCGAAUGUGACCCUUUUCGAAAAGCUGCCUCCAGAGACCUUUUUUCUUUUGGUCUAUGUCCCAGGUUUGUGCGGUGCUACAGGAAGCCAGGAAACGAGCACAGCCUAAGACAGCUCUUUCUUCAGCCCUGAUUACAGGCGGUACUCUGCAGGUUUUCCCCAAACUCAAAACCGCAAGGGAAGUACAGAAACAUUAUUUAAUUAAAUAGGACAGGAUGAAUUUCGCUGCCUUUCGAUUCCCUAGCUAAAAAGGAAAAUAAUGAUAUUGAAAAUUUGUUAUGACCUUAAGGAAUAAUAACCGUUUUGUUAAAAAUGCUUUUAGCGUUUUGUGUUAUUGAAUUACUCAUAAUAUUAAUAACGUCUUUGUAUCAUAGGCUUUCCGUUACGUGAUGUUGAAUUAAUUCAUUGAAAUCAAAACAGAAGGACAAAUAAUAUUAUUACAAUCCUUAUAUCAUUCUAGAAAUGGAACUUUGGUUAGUGGAAUUCAUGUCUGCAUUUCAGUUUAGCGCGCUACAUAAACAAAUCAUCCUGCCCAAACUGUUACAGUUACUUACCAUUAUGGCCUCUCAGUAAAAUGACCUAGAAUAACUCAAAGCCUUUAAUUUUAUCUUCCUGGAAUCGGAGAACUGGAGGAAAACCAUUUUACUGCUGUAAGUGGUGUUGGUGGAGUAGUAGAUUGAGCUCCCCUCUAUGGCCCAAGUUCCGAACCAAUGCCCCAGUAAGUGUGUAAUAAAUAACAUGCUUCUGGAAGUGCUGUCUUUCCUGUAAGCGCAAUAGGCUACUUUGUACUAAAGCUUUUGAAAGUCUGUUUAGAACAAUAAAAUUAUCUCUAUUUUUUUUUUAGGGUGGGGCCAAUAGUAAUUUCAAGAACUCCGGGAAAAUGGCUUUAAAAAAAAAAACAAAGCGCUUGCGUUGGCCGGGAAUCGAACCCGGGUCAACUGCUUGGAAGGCAGCUAUGCUCACCACUAUACCACCAACGCCCGUGUUGACACGAAGAGCAGAAUUCCUUUUUUGAGUGAGUUGACGGAUUCAGCUCAGGCGUUUUAUUCACUAACUCAAAAUCUAUAACGAAAACAGCACAUCGGGACCAGCAAUGGACACAAAUGUCAAAAUCGUUGUGAGAAAAAAACACGAACUAACCCCUUAGUUAUCUUUAAAAGUAACUUCUAACAGACAAUAUGAGGACUUAAUCACUAUGGAAACUAUUUUAUAAUCCCGGUGACAUAUUUUAUAUUUCGCGUAAAUAUUGUAUUCGGGUCUACAGCCCUGCGUACUUCUGUUUAUAAUGCUACACAGGAUAAUUAAAACUGCAAUGAUUCGGAACUCUCCGCUAAAAUAGAAAUACAUUGUGUUUCUUAUGUAUUAAAUGGGUCACGUACUUUAUAUACCAGCCAAUUCCUUUUCAUACGGAUUCCUAAUCACACAUAUAUGCAACGUCUUCUCUGAAGGCACCGACUUGGUUUGUCAGUGACUGUGUAACUUUAUUUAAGCUAGGAGUGUAGAUUUAGCCUUACCCAAGAUAGUACAGUUUUUCUUUAUUUUAAUGUAAAAUAUGUCUAAUUUAACUGAAUUGAUUAUGUCUUACAAACUCAAACAUAUGUACAAACGAUAUUAUAGGAUAAGUGAUAGCGUAAUGUUUGGAAACCCAGGUCUACUGCAGAUGUGGACAAAAGAUACUGGCAAAGUGGGUCGCCUGUGUUUCCGUCUGAGGUUCUGCUUCUGAAAUACUGUUAGCUGACCUAAUUCAACUUCUAGAAAACAAUGGCUUUCGGAUGCGAAACACACAGCCACCUUCCAGCGUCCGUCAUGCGUUUGGUCAUUUUGUCUCUUCUUCUGCAAACCGCAGAUACAGUGAUACAUCAAUAUCCACCUUUAGUAAGAGGUGAUAUCGGGAGCAAUAUAAGCUUGACUUGCCUCAUCGAAGACAUGACUGGCUACUGCUUCUCUGUUGUGUGGUUUAAGCUGGAGCUGAAGCGCUCCCCGCAUUUGAUCCCUUUCAACGCGUAUGUCCGAGGAUCUGACGUUUCCACUGGGGAACCGGUCGAUAAAACCUGUGUGCUUACCCUGAUCAUCCGAGAGGAAAACGACUCUGGCACCUUCUUCUGCGCUUAUGUGCGAGGCUCAUCGGUUUAUAUUGGAAAUGGAUCGACAGUUGUCGUAAGAAAUGUCACCGCAGGAGUUGUAAAACCCAUGAGCAUUGUGACCAUCACGCCCGACAACAGAGUCCCAUCUGAGAACAACACGGCUGAAUUAGUGUGCGUGGUUUUCCGAGCCCUUUCCGACCAGCUGCGCGUCCACUGGGUGAUAGCAGGACAGGUGCGGCAGGGGAUGAAGGCAUCCGGGGCAAUGCCUUCAGGUGAGGUCGCUCCAAACAUCAUCAGCAAUCGCAUCAUCAUUGAGGAGAGGGCCUGGAAAGACGGCACUCCGUUCACUUGCGUGGUAGAAACAGAAACCGGACAGCGUUUUAACAAGACCGUGAGCAAGAAAGGUACAAAAGGUGGAAUUCAGCUCACCCUGACACUGCUUAGAGUGCUGGAAAUCCUGCUGUUCUUUCUUGCAGUGAGCAUCACAGUGUGUUUUCUAUCCAAGAAGAAGUGAAGCUGUCUUUACAGACCCUCCCAAUUUAUUUUUUGCUUUUGUCUUUUCAUCCUGUUAUAAUAUAAUACCCUUUUCAUUAUAAUUCAACAUUUCUUCUAAUAAACA